AGCCUGAGGUCCUCCAACCCCCCUCACGUAGCAUCAUCAUGUUUCAAACCGUAUUCCUCUCAGUCGCCUUCACAAGCCUUCUUUCGGUCGUCGUCGCCUCUCCUGCAGAAGUCUUGAAUGCCAGAGCAGCUGCCGACAACACCGUCUAUGUCACUAGCGCAGACAAAUACUGCAUGAUCAUGCCUAGAGAUCCACAUACCAACAUUGGUGACAGUGAACAUCCUGGAGGCAUGAUGACCUACUGCUCCGAAGCAGGCAAAUACGACGCUUCCCAGGGAACGAUUCCUAACGGUUUCUGGAAAAAUGUUGAUUUCCAGUCAGGAAUCAGCUCGAGAGGCGCCCGCUUUGCCCAGUUGACUGGCUGCAUCCGGCCGGAGCUUGUUGACCGUCUAAACCCUGGGGAUGCUGGUGGCCAAUACGAUUCAAACGGUGGUGACGGGGGAAGAGGAAACCCUCAAGACAGUGUUUGCCUCGGGUAUAACUCCUACGUUGAGCUUGUUGAACCUGCAGGACCCCGUGCAUGUAUCAAGUGCUGUGACAACCCCGACGAUUGUCCUGUUUGGCUGGAUGAAUCCGGUUGCCCCACUGUCAUACCUGGAAAUUAUUUCGACUGCGCUUGAAGGACUUUGAUACGACUCUGACCUGGACAUUGACCGAGCAAUUUCGAUGGACAACACUGAUAUAAUGUAUCCUAUGAUAUAGCCUAUCUCACCUUGAUUAUGCCCAUAAUUACAUACUCGUCGCUAUUCUUCAAUGAUCACGGACUAUUCUCCAGAA